UAAAAGAAACUGAAACUGAUCUGCUGUUGAGCUGUUGUUUGUGUGUCUGUAUUGCUGUAGACCGUGAAAUGGCUGAAGCCAGUGUUUUUUCAGCAGAGCAGUUCUUGUGUCCAGUGUGUCUGGAUCUCCUGAAGGAUCCAGUUGCCAUUCCCUGUGGACACAGUUACUGUAUGAGCUGCAUUACAGACUGCUGGGAUCAAGAGGAUCAGAAGAGAGUCUACAGCUGCCCUCAGUGCAGACAGACCUUCAGUCCAAGACCUGCUUUGGCUAAAAACACCAUGCUGGCUGAAGUGGUGGAGAAACUGAAGAAGACCAAACUAACAGCUGCUGUUCCUGCUGGACCUGGAGACGUGGAGUGUGACAUCUGUACUGGAAGAAAACACAAAGCUGUCAAGUCCUGCCUGGUGUGUCUGGAGUCUUACUGUCAAACUCAUUUUGAGCGUCAUGAGGAGUUUCGCUCCGGAAAGAGACACAAAGUGACUGAUGCCACUGGACGACUGCAGCAGAUGAUCUGCCAUCAACAUGAUAAGCUUCUGGAAGUUUUCUGUCGUACGGACCAGCAAUGUGUUUGCAUGCUGUGUGCAAUGGAUGAACAUAAAAACCACGAGACUAUAUCAACUGCAGCAGAGAGGACAGAGAAAGAGAAACACUUGAAGGAGACUCAGAGUGAACUCCAGCAGAGAAUCCAGCAGAGACAGAAAGAUCUGGAGCAGCUGAGAGCGGCUGUGGAGUCUCAUAAGCGCUCUGCACAGACAGCAGUGGAGGACAGUGAGAGGAUCUUUACUGAGCUCAUCCGCUCCAUUGAGAGAAGCCGCUCUGAGGUGACACAGCGGAUCAGAGAUCAGGAAAAGACUGCAGUGAGUCGAGCUGAAGGACAAAUGGAGCGACUGGAGCAGGAGAUUGAUGAUCUGAAGAAGAGAAACACUGAGCUGGAGCAGCUUUCACACACAGACGAUCACAUCCUUUUCCUGCAGUGUCUUCAGUCUCUCUCAGCUCUUCCUGAAUCUACAGACAACAUCUCUCUCAGUUUGCUCUUUUCAUUUGAUAAUGUGAGAGAAACCGUCUGUCAGCUGAGACAGAAACUGGAGGAUUUCUGCACAGUGGAAAUAAAAAGGAUAUUGGUCACUCACAGUAACGUUGUUCCCAGGACCAGAGAGGACUUCCAACAGUAUUCCCAUCGGCUCACUCUGGAUCCAAACACUGCAUGUACAGUCCUCCGUCUGUCUGAAGGGAACAGAGUGGUGACUUACACUGACACAGAGCAGCCGUAUCCUGAUCAUCCAGACAGAUUUGAUGUUUAUCAUCAGGUGUUGUGUAGAGAGAGUGUGAGUGGACGCUGUUACUGGGAGCUUGAGUGGAGUGGGACUGUUGGUGUGAAUAUAUCAGUGUCAUAUAAGAGCAUCAGCAGGAAGGGAUCUGGUAAUAAGUGUUUCUUUGGAUGUAAUGAUCAGUCCUGGAGAUUGUCCUGCUCUCCCUCCAGUUUCUCAUUCUGGCACAAUAACAAAAGGACUGAACUCCCUGUUCCCUCCAGAUGCAGGAGAAUAGGAGUGUAUGUGGAUCUCAGUGCAGGAACUCUGUCCUUCUACAGCAUCUCUGACACAAUGAACCUCAUCCACACAGUCCAGACCACAUUCACCCAGCCGCUCUUUCCUGGGUUUCUGAUUGGUCAUAAAUCAUCAUUGAAUCUGAUAUAGUUUCCUCAUCUCUCAAACUGUCUGAAAAUGUCUGUCUAAUUUCUUUGUUUUUUAUUAUACCAUGUUUCACCUGAAUAUUUUAGUGUCUUACUGUUAUAAAAUUUGAGAAAACAACUUAUUGUAUAAACUUUGUAGAUUUGAAUGUAACAAUUUUGAGUAAUAAUUACAUGUGCAGUUUAUUCUACAGUGUCCAUAUUAUAAAUACUGCAUGUUAGCAUGAUUACACCCGGACAUGAAUAGGACCAGCAAUAACAAUGUGUAAGCUGCAGGAAAUAUUGAGACACGUUAAAUCCAUGUGUUUGUUUCUAUGUCUUUUGUAUUAUUAAAUCAAUUUCUGUAACAGAAAUAGCAUUUCAGGUUUUAUUAGAUUAAUAAUAAUCAGAUUAAUCCGUUAACUGUAGUGUAAAGGUGGAAUAAGAAUACAUGUGGAAAUUACAUACAGGUAUGACUGACUGAAUCAGGGCUGAUAUUUAAUCUGAAUAUCAGUAUUUGUGACUGUGAGAACUACUACAUCUAAACAGUUAUGAUAUGAUCUAAUGUGCCAUAGAUUUAUUUUAUGUUGGCUAUUAAACAUGAUGUCUGUUAAUGCUGAAUUUGUGGACACAAAUUAUAUUUGUGUGAUGAGAAAUAUAGUUUUAUAUUUUGCUAAAAGUUAAAGUGAAAGCCUUGGGGAAAGAUACUGCCUUAGAAUUUGGGCAGAAGGCCCUUUGCUAAUGUUUUUAUUAUUUAAUUCAGAUAUAUGCUUACCCUUUAAUUGUAUGUCCCUGGGUUGCUGUUUGAUUUGCCUGUCAUUGUUCAGUUAUUCUGAAUAUAAAUGUACAGUACAAAGGUUUGGAAACAUUAUGAUUUUUAAAUAUUUUAAUAAAGUCUCUUA